ACAUUGAAAAAACGCCACGACGACGAGUCAAAAUGACAAUAAUAUUGCUUAAAUAAAGAAAAAAUAAAAACAAAUUACAACUUAACUACCACGUGACAGGAUUAUUUUUCAACACAUGUUAAAUUUGACAUAUCGCUCAACAAUUUGUAUUGCAGAGGUUAAUCACGUCACUGUUGCUUGAAUCAUUGAUAACAACAAAAUAUUAUCAAAUUGAUAAUACGUAAUUUAUUAUAAAAAUAAUAAUAAUUAUCAUAAAUUUGAACUUUCUCGUAAGUGAACCAUAAAUAAAUAAAAAAUGGAUUCAGACAGUGAUUGUGCAUUUGAGAGUGCUGAUGAAGAAAUUGAAGUACGUCGUGGUACAUCAACGAGAAAUUUAUCAGCCAAUAAAAACCGUACAAUGUCAAGUAAUUUUAAUUCAGCAAUUGAUUCAGACAGUGAUGAUGACAACGAGUUUGUUACAACAAAUGUUAAUACUGCUUCGUGGUCAACUGAAAUAUCAGAUGUACAAAAUGUAUCUAAAGUAAAAAAUAACAAAUCAACAGAUGUAACAAAAAGUCAAGAUGAUGAAAUUAAUUUAAAAAAACAAUCAUCAUUAUCUGAGGAAAAAAUUAAUUUACAAAAACGUAAAAAACCAGAACGUAAACAAAAGACAGAUAAUAAGCCAUCUGGUUUUGGUGCUAAAAAAUUAGGAUCUAAAAUAAUACCAGAUAAAUCAUCUGUUGAAGUGUCAGCAUCAAUUGAUGAUGAAAAAAAAAAAUCAACAAGUAAUCAAGAAUGCUGGGAAUUUAAUGAUGAAGAAGCUAUGAAAAUUUUACAAAAAGAAAGUCAAAAAAGUAAAAUUAAAUGGAGUAAAAGUAAAGAUGAUGUACAUGAUGAUUUAGUUGAUGUUCCUGAAGAAUUAAAGUCAAAUAAAAGUUUCAAAGAAGUAUUUAAAUUAGAUAAAUGGGAGGCAGUUAAUGAUGAAAAAAUUGAAAAAAAUUUAAGUCAAGAUAAAAUUCAAUCAGUUUUAGAAAAAAUACCAUCAGCAACAACAACACCUGAUGAUAGUUCAUCAAGUGGAUGGGGAAGUUGGGGUAGUUGGGGUGUAAAUUCACUUAUAAAUACAGCGAGUAUAGGAGUAUCAACAAUUAGCAGUCAUGUGUCACAUGGUCUUACAUUAUUAGAAGAAACAAUGAAUGUUCCAGAAUCAGAAGAUGUUGAAAAACCAAUUGAACAAUUGAGUGAAAAAAAAAUGACUGAAGAAGACAAGGUAGAAACAACAUCUCAAGAUGGUCAAGCAAGUUCAUUUGGUUUUGAAAAUUUUAUGUAUGGUGUAUCAUCAAUAACAAAAUUAGUUGAAAGUACAGGAAGUAAAGUUAUAAAUGGUGGAUUAGAAACAUUAGAAACAAUUGGAAAAAAAACAAUGGAAGUAUUACAAGAUGGUGAUCCUGGUUUAAAAAAGAAAAGAGCAUUUUUUAUGAAUGAAGGUGAUAAGCCAAUACUUUCACAAAUGUUAAGAGAAGCUAAGGAUAAAGCUGAAAUUGAAGAAAAAUCAAUUGAAGGAAAAGAAUUUGCUCGUAAAGUACAUUUUGAAAUAUUAUUUGAUGAUUUUCAGGGACUUGUACAUCUAGAGGCACUUGAAAUGUUAUCAAAACAAUGUGUUAUGAAAAUACAACAAAAAUUAGUAACACUUGAUUUAGAUGAUAUGAAUUCAAUUCAAGAAACACUUGAUGAAAUCAAAGAACUUUGUGAUCUUGGUGAUGAAGAUGAUGAAGAAGACAAUGAAGAUGAUGAAAAUUUAAAUGAUAAAUUAAAUAAUUCAUGCAAAGAACUUGGAGUUGAUAUUAAUUAUCAUAAAAUUAAUGAGAUAUGGGAAGAAAGUAAAUUAUAUAUUGAUAAUAUUUCAAAGCCAGAUUCAUCAAUAACUGACUUGGAAAUAUUUCAAAAUGCCAUAUCAACACUUGCUAAAUUUACAGCUGUGUCAGUUGAAAGAUUUCACAAAACAGCUGAAUUAUUAUUAAUAAAAGAACGUCGUAGUACAGUCAAUGAAGCUGAUGCAUUGGUACAAUUGACUAAAAUAUUAUCUGGACAAAUUGGUAUUGCUGCCAGUUUAUUCUCAAAGUGCCUCAAUGAACGAAUUGAAAAAUAUAAAAAACCUAGUGAAAUUGUUGAUAUAACCACCAUUUUUUUGGAGGCAAGCAAUGCAAGCUCUUACAUACAAGAUGCUUUCCGAUUGUUGAUGCCUAUUUUGCAAGUUGGCGCAAUUUAAAAAAAAUUAACAAAAUAUUUCUUUUGUUUUUUGAUAUUAAAUUUAAUCAUAAUUAUUUUUCUUUUUUUUUUUACAAAUGGAAUUCUUAUUCAACUAACAAAUAAUUGUAAAAAUCAUUGUUUAUUAAAAUUAUAUUUUUUUUAAUUUUUUUUUUCUUUAUAAUAUUACUAAUAAAUCAUGGGAAAUAUUUAAAUAAAAAUCUGCCAAUGAGUAUCAUUGUUAUUCAAAUUAAUGUUUACAAAAUUAUUUUAUUUUUUUCAAUUACAUUAUUAGUCGGCAUGGCUAGAUGCCAGUCAAGAAAUUAAACAAAUAAUUUCUAAAUUCAAUUGUGGAAUACUUUCGUGUUCUUUGAAUGACAAUUUCAAUCUUUUUUUUUUUUUUUUUGUUUUUUAAUUGUCAUGAGCAAUGAAGCAAUUAUUAAGGCAUUUAAAUUUGCGUAUUACUAGAUUAAUUUUGUUUAAAUUAAUCAAGCAUUACGCCAUCAUUUGCAUCAGUGUUUUCCUCGUUUAUUACCAACCGGUGGUUUUUGUAAUUGAAAGCUUGUGUUUGAUUCAUUUGAUGACAAUGGUGCUGUCAAAUUUAAUGGUGGAUUAAAAUUUAAACCAGUUGUUGGUGGUUUCAUUGAUGUAUUUGAUGAAAUAUUUGUCGCUGAUGGUACUGGUGUUGCAUUUCCCCAAGCUGCAAU